AUGGUCUCCCUCGUCACCGCCGGCCUGACCGUUUGCCUCAUCUAUGUCUUGCACAAGCUCGUAGAGCUCAGGCGGCUCGCGAACAGCAUCGGACUGCCGCGGUUCCCGCUCGUCUCGCUGGGCAAGCAUCACAUCUGGGAGGGAAAAUGGAACGAUGCGGCGAGGUUUGGGUGGGAUGUUUACUCGUCGGUGGCGCUGCUUCCGCCCAAGGGCCAAAUAUCGCUCUACAUCGCAGACGCCGACGUCGUUCAGGAGGUUACCGGUAGUCGAGCACGAUUCCCCAAGCCGGUGUGGAUGUACAGCUCGUUAUCCUUCUUUGGCAGAAACAUCGUCGCGUCCGAGUUCGAGGAGUGGAAGAAAUACAGGAAGCUGUCGGCGCCCAGCUUUUCGGAGCGCAAUAACAAGCUCGUUUGGGACGAGACGGUCCGCAUUAUGCUCGAUUUGUUCGACAACGUAUGGCAGGACCGAAACGUCAUCGCCGUAGAUCACUGCGUGGACAUUACCCUCCCGAUUGCCUUGUUCGUCAUCGGCGUGGCAGGCUUUGGCCGGCGCGUGUCAUGGAAGGACGAUCAGGUCGUUCCUCCUGGACACCGGAUGACCUUCAAGGAUGCGCUGCACGUCGUGUCCAUGAACAUCUUCACGAGGCUGAUCGUACCCAACUGGGCGAUGGGCUUCACGAAGAAGACACGGGAAUUAGGGCAGGCCUUUGACGAACUGGAGCUCUACAUGGACGAUAUGAUACGGGAGCGCAGGUCCGGAGCGGUGAGAGAAGAGCGCCAUGACCUUUUCAGCAGCCUUAUGGACGCCGCGGAUGAUGUCAAUGGGGAGGGCGGCGCCGGAACUUUGUCUGACAUGGAUCUGAAAGGGAACAUAUUCAUAUUCAUGCUGGCCGGGCACGAGACCGCAGCGCAUACUCUAGCAUUCACCUUCGGGCUGUUGGCGCUGUACCCACAAGAGCAAGAGGUGCUGUACCAACAAAUCAUGUCCAUUAUUCCCGACGGCAGGACACCGACAUACGAAGAGAUGAAUUUGUUCACGCGUUCCAUGGCGGUCUUCUACGAAACGCUCCGCAUGUUCCCACCGGCUCCGAACAUGCCGAAAUACAGCGCGGAGGACACGACGUUAACCUUCAGCAACAGCGAGGGCGAAAGGCGGACCGUGCCCGUUCCCGCCGGGACAAACCUGCUCGUGAACGCGCCAGCGCUGCACUACAACCCUCGGUACUGGCACGAUCCGUACGCGUUCGACCCCUCUCGGUUCCUCAAGCCGGACUGGCCCCGCGAGGCGUUCGUGCCGUUCAGUCAAGGCGCGCGUGCCUGCCUCGGGCGGCGCUUUUUCGAGACAGAGGGAAUCGCGGUGCUGACCAUGCUAGUGUCGAGGUACAAGAUCGAGCUCGCGGACGAGCCCGAGUUCUCUAGCGAGACGUUUGAGCAGCGCAAGGCGCGCCUGCUGCGGACGCGAGCGGGGCUGACUAUGACCCCUAUUCGCCUUCCGUUGGUAUUCAAGAGGCGAUGA